AUGGUAAAAGCCCUAACAUUCAAGGGCGACAAGAAGCCCAAAAAGCGAAAACGCGCGCCCACCGACGACAACGACGCCGAGUCCACCAAUCCCACCUCUCAAGCCCUCCAAACAACCUCCACGGCUCCAAUCACCGCACCCACCGACACCGCCGAAGAGGACAACAGCUGGGUCUCCGCCGACGCCGUGACCGACGUCUCCGGCCCCAUCAUCUUUGUCCUCCCCUCCGAGCCCCCUACCUGCCUCGCCUGCGACUCCAUUGGCAAAGUCUUCGCCAUACCCGUCGAGAACAUUGUCGACGAUGACCCCAGCACCGCGGAACCGCACGACGUGCGACAAGUCUGGAUCGCGAACAGAGUUGCGGGGACCGAGAGCUACAGCUUUAAAGGGCAUCAUGGGCGGUAUCUUGGGGUUGAGAAGUUCGGCGCUCUGAGCGCAACUACGGAAGCCAUUUCGCCGACAGAGUCGUUCACCGUUGUGCCGGUGCCGGACCAGCGGGGCGCGUUCGCGGUGCAGACGGCGGGGGAGAAGUUCAUUGCUGCGCAGGAGGCGAAGGGGGCGGUGGAGGUGAGGGCGGAUGCGGAGGCGAUCAACUUCAGCACUACAUUGAGGAUACGGAUGCAGGCGAGGUUCAAGCCGCGGCUAAGGGCUUCGAAGGAGGAGAAGGCGAGGGAGAAGAUCAGUCGGAAGGAGCUGGAGGAUAUGGUUGGGAGGAGGCUGGAGGACGGGGAGGUCAAGAUGCUGAAGAGGGCGAGGAGGGAGGGGAAUUUUCAUGAGAAGAUGCUGGAUGUUAAGGUCAAGAACAAGCAUGAUAAGUUCGCUUGA